AGAGCCCCUCCCCCGGCGGGGCUGGGACGAGUCCUUCUCGGCUCGGAUCCGCACGGCUCGGCACGGCACGGGUUGCCAUGACAAGCAUUUUCUCCCGUUAGCCCCGGGACCGUUCCUCCGCCGCCACCGACCGCCUGUGUCGUCGUUUCCCCCCGCAUCCCAUGGCCAGCCGCGGGGGCUCCGUCGCCAACCGGGCGCCGUGGGGGCUGAGCCGCUCCAGUUGCUGUGGUAUCCAGGGAGCCCUCCUCCUUCUGCGGGAGAUGCACGCUGGUCGUUGCUAAGGUCGCCUCCGCGGUAACAUGCACAUCCUGUUUACACCUUUAUCCGGAGAAGUUGGGCUCGGAUAGAAGCACCCACUUCACCCGGGCAGCCCCUAGGGAAGGGGUCACACCGAGCAUCCCUCAUCCCGUCGGACCCUCGAAGGAGGAGGAGGCCGCAGGAGCCUCCGGCAUCGCCGCAAAAUGACGAACAACGUGGUUGUCGACCACCACCCCGGGAACUCGGUUGCUGAAGGCAACCAUGAAGGGGACUUUGGUUGCUCCAUGGUGGAGCUGAGGAACCUGAUGGAACUGAGGAGUGCCGAGGCGGUGGCUCGGCUCAAUGACUCCUAUGGUGGGGUACAGAACGUCUGCAAGAGGUUGAAGACGUCGCCGGUUGAAGGCCUGUCCGGGAACCCGACUGACCUAGAGAAGAGGCGUCAGGUCUUUGGACAGAACUUCAUUCCUCCCAAAAAGGCCAAGACGUUCCUGCAGUUAGUGUGGGAGGCACUCCAGGACGUCACCCUGAUUAUCUUGGAAAUCGCAGCCAUAAUCUCCCUGGGCCUGUCCUUCUACCACCCUCCUGGUGGUGACAAUGAACUCUGUGGGCAGUCGUCGGGCGGCGUGGAGGACGAGGGGGAGUCCCAGGCUGGCUGGAUCGAGGGGGCAGCUAUCCUGUUCUCUGUGAUCAUCGUGGUGCUGGUGACAGCUUUCAAUGACUGGAGCAAGGAGAAGCAAUUCCGGGGCCUCCAGAGCCGCAUCGAGCAGGAGCAGAAGUUCACGGUGAUCCGCAAAGGGCAGGUGAUCCAGAUCCCAGUGGCUGAGAUUGUGGUGGGAGACAUCGCCCAGAUCAAGUAUGGUGAUCUCUUGCCAGCAGAUGGGAUCCUGAUCCAGGGCAAUGACCUGAAAAUAGAUGAGAGCUCCCUGACUGGGGAGUCAGACCAAGUGAAGAAAUCAUUGGAGAAAGACCCCAUGCUGCUGUCAGGCACCCACGUGAUGGAGGGCUCUGGCAGGAUGGUGGUGACUGCUGUGGGUAUCAACUCCCAGACAGGAAUCAUCUUCACUCUCUUGGGUGCUGGAGAAGGAGAUGAGGAAAAAAAGGUGAAGAAAGGUAAAAAAGGUGGAGCCCCUGAAAACCGCAACAAAGCUAAAACUCAGGAUGGUGUGGCCUUAGAGAUCCAACCCCUGAAGAGCCAGGAAGGGGUGGAAAAUGAGGAGAAGGAGAAGAAGAAAGUGAAGGUGCCCAAGAAGGAGAAGUCGGUGCUGCAAGGGAAGCUCACACGCCUGGCAGUCCAGAUUGGGAAGGCUGGGCUGAUCAUGUCAGCCAUCACAGUCAUCAUCUUGGUGCUGUACUUCGUGAUCGACACCUUCGGGGUGCAGGGGAGGCCCUGGCUGGCAGAGUGCACCCCCAUUUACAUCCAGUACUUUGUCAAGUUCUUCAUCAUCGGUGUCACUGUGUUGGUGGUGGCUGUGCCCGAAGGGCUCCCGCUGGCAGUCACCAUCUCCCUGGCUUAUUCUGUGAAGAAAAUGAUGAAGGACAACAACUUGGUGAGACAUCUGGAUGCGUGUGAGACCAUGGGCAAUGCCACUGCCAUCUGCUCAGACAAAACGGGCACCCUGACCAUGAACCGCAUGACCGUGGUCCAGGCAUUCGUGGGGGACACUCACUACCGCCAGAUCCCUGACCCCGAAGCCAUCCUGCCCAAGAUCCUCGACCUCAUAGUUAAUGGUGUUGCCAUCAACUCAGCCUACACCUCCAAGAUCCUGCCCCCCGAGAAGGAAGGGGGGCUGCCCCGCCAAGUGGGGAACAAGACAGAGUGUGCCCUGCUGGGUUUCGUGCUGGACCUGAAGCAGGAUUACCAGGCUGUGAGGAACGAGGUGCCCGAGGAGAAGCUCUACAAGGUCUACACCUUCAACUCUGUCCGCAAGUCCAUGAGCACGGUGCUGAAGAACGGCAACGGCGGCUUCCGAAUGUACAGCAAAGGAGCUUCUGAGAUCAUCCUCCGCAAGUGCACCAAGAUCCUGGACAAGAACGGAGAUCCCCGGUUGUUCAAGGUGAAGGACAGGGAUGAGAUGGUGAAGAAAGUGAUAGAGCCCAUGGCCUGCCACGGGCUGCGGACCAUCUGCCUGGCCUUCAGGGACUUCCCUGGGGACACUGAACCAGACUGGGACAGUGAGAAUGAGAUCCUGUCUGACCUGACCUGCAUUGCAGUGGUUGGGAUAGAGGACCCUGUGCGGCCGGAGGUGCCAGAUGCCAUCCUGAAGUGCCAGCGUGCAGGGAUCACCGUGCGGAUGGUGACAGGGGACAACAUCAACACUGCCCGUGCCAUCGCCACCAAGUGUGGCAUCCUGCUGCCAGGAGAGGACUUCUUGUGCCUGGAGGGGAAGGAGUUCAAUCGGCUGAUCCGCAACGAGAAGGGAGAGGUGGAACAGGAGCAGCUGGAUAAGAUCUGGCCCAAGCUUCGUGUGCUUGCUCGUUCCUCCCCAACAGAUAAACACACACUGGUGAAAGGAAUUAUUGAUAGCACUGUUGGUGACCAGAGGCAGGUGGUGGCCGUGACUGGGGAUGGGACCAACGAUGGCCCAGCUCUGAAGAAAGCAGAUGUUGGGUUUGCUAUGGGCAUUGCUGGCACGGAUGUGGCCAAGGAGGCUUCAGACAUCAUCCUGACAGAUGAUAACUUCACCAGCAUCGUCAAGGCGGUGAUGUGGGGCCGCAAUGUCUACGACAGCAUCUCCAAGUUCUUGCAGUUCCAGCUGACUGUCAACAUCGUGGCUGUCAUCGUGGCCUUCACGGGCGCCUGCAUCACCCAGGACUCUCCUCUCAAAGCUGUCCAGAUGCUCUGGGUCAACCUGAUCAUGGACACUUUUGCCUCCUUGGCCCUGGCCACGGAGCCUCCAUCCGAGUCCCUGCUGCUGCGCAAGCCCUACGGCCGCAACAAACCCCUCAUCUCCCGCACCAUGAUGAAGAACAUCCUGGGGCACGCAGUCUAUCAGCUCACCAUCAUCUUCACACUGCUGUUUGCAGGGGAGAAGUUUUUUGACAUUGACAGUGGCCGGAACGCCCCCCUCCACUCCCCCCCCACUGAACACUACACCAUUGUCUUCAACACCUUUGUCAUGAUGCAAUUGUUCAAUGAGAUCAAUGCACGCAAGAUCCAUGGGGAGAGGAACGUCUUUGAGUCCAUCUACCGCAACCCCAUCUUCUGCACCGUGGUGCUGGGCACGUUUGCAGCACAGAUCAUCAUUGUGGAGUUUGGUGGGAAGCCCUUCAGCUGCUCUGGGCUCACCCUGAGCCAGUGGUUCUGGUGUGUUUUUAUUGGAGUGGGAGAGCUCCUCUGGGGCCAGGUUAUCUGCACUGUCCCAACCAGCCAUCUGAAGUUCCUGAAGGAAGCUGGGCACGGCAUCACCAAGGAGGAGAUCCCAGAGGAGGAGCUGCCUGAAGACGUGGAUGAGAUCGACCACGCUGAGAUGGAGCUGCGGCGUGGGCAGAUCCUGUGGUUCAGGGGUCUCAACAGGAUACAGACACAGAUGGACGUAGUUUACACAUUCCAGACCGGCGCCUCCUCUUUGCAGGGAGCCCUCAGGAGACAGCCUUCCAUCGUGAGCCAGCACCACGAUGUAAAAAAUGUUUCUAGCCCAACCCAUGUAGCUCUUUCCUCCGUCAAUUCCACUCCCACCACUUCUGCUGUUGCUGCUGCUGCUGCAUCUCCUCCUGUGGGCAAUCAAAGUGGUGAAUGCGUUCCGUAGCUCCUUGUAUGAAGGCCUUGAGAAACCUGAAUCCAGAAGCUCCAUCCAUAACUUCAUGACUCACCCAGAGUUCAUCCUGGAGGAAGAUGAGCCUCGAACACCAUUCCUUGAUGGCGCUGAAGACGACCCUGAGACUGACGGACUCAAAAAGCAAGGUGGGGGUACCUUGGGUGGAUCUACAUCCCUCAACAGAAAUAACAAUGCAGUGGACAGCAAUCAAGCUGAGGUCACCAUCCCGGAGCCUGAAAGCCCCUUACACAGCUUGGAGACAUCAGUUUGACCUUAAACUUUGAACACCCCCCUCCUUCUCCUCCUCCACCACCUUCGUCCCUCGCUCUGUGUGAUGUUGGCACCAGUAACUGAUCACACACUGAGGUCACUUCGUGUCAAACUGCUCAUAUGUAUAUCAUUUGGAUGGUUUGUUUUUUGGGGGUUGAUUUUUGUUUUGUUGGGGUUUUUUUCAUUUUUGUUUUGUUGUUUUGGGUUGGUUUUUUGUCUUGGUUUUUUUUUUACCUUUAUUUAGCAGUGGGAACCAGAGUACCACGAUGCUGGAUGUUGGGAGAGAGGCUAAGCCAAAAUUCUGCAUCUCCAUCCCUAAUUUUCAGUGGUACUCACCCAAAUGAAGCAGCCAGGUUAUUUCCUCUCCAAGAGUUGGGCUCCAUGCAUCUGUUGGUGGUUUUCACUAUGGGAAAAAACUGCAUGUCUAACAAAAGUUCAAAAUGUUGUAGUCUCACAUGGAUGCACUCAGCCCGAGGGCCAGGGUGCACUGAUGACUUGAUUAAUUUUUUUUUUUUUUCCCCACUUGUGGUUUUAGGGUUUUCUUCUCAUUUUGGGGGUUGUUCUUUGCUUGUGGGAUUUGCCCCCCAGCUUCUUCACAGGGGGAAGUGGGGGAGUUAACACUUGAGUGUGAAAAUUUUAAAAUAAACAACAAAAAACCCAGCUAGGGGGCAAGGUGUUUACUCACAGAUUGAUUAGAUACAGGGAUGUACACCAGUCUUCCACCCUGAAAAAUGGUACCAAGCCUUUACAGUUCCUCCUCUGUGUCUGCACACACUUUUCUCUCUGUUUCCAAAGCAGCAGCAAUUGGUAGACAAAGAAACGAAGGUGACUUGGCUGUGACCUUGCUGGAUGUAAAAAAUUCUGAUUUUUUUUCUACAAAGCAAGGUGGAGGUGAAAGUGGAAGGAUUAGUGAAGAAAAACUGUAUGGUUGUGAGAAACAGAGCUUCUUUCUGGAGAAACUUAAGAGAUGGCAUCUCCUCUGCUCUUAGUGAGCAGCCUUGAAACUCUUAGGGGGAGGGAAAAGGUUUAAUGCCUUCUGCCAGCAGGAGCAGAGAAACUUGUGCCCAUUCUGAUUUGCCUGGUGGUUUGAAUAAUCCUUCAGCCUUGGAGGAACCCCAGGGCCUGUGCCAGCUGUGCUCACCAGCUCUGCAUCUUGCUACCAAAGCACGAGCAGCUGGAUGGAGAACAAGCAUCAGGUUAUUGGCAGAGCAGUGGGGAGGAACCAGGUUGUCUCUUUAGCUGGUGAAAGGGGAAGGCUCUGGAGCCCUUGAUUUCUGGUGCACUUCUGGAGCUGGUUUGCCAGUGGAGGCAGAAGUGGCAGGUUGGUUGGUUAGUUGGUUGGCUGGCUGCAGCUCUUCCAGAGAAGAUGCUCCAUGGAGGUUUUGUCUGACUUGCUGCUUUUUUGAAGGCUGUCUGCACCCUGUGUGUCCUGUCUCACCUCAGUCUCGUAAUCAUUAGGUGAGAGUCCUGGUUGGUUUUUUUUUUUUCCCCUGGUGUCCUGAACCAGCUGGCUCUGAAGUGCCCCUCUUGGGAAGCCCUGGGACAGAGCAGGAGGCAGGAGGUUGCUUGGCUUGGGCUCUGUUUGUCCUCCAUGGGCUGAUGCACCCCUGGGUGCUGACCCCAGGCAGACAGGGCUGGAGGAACCUUUGCUGCCUUCUCUUCUUUGUCUCCUUUGGAAGCAGAGAGAACCUGGCUGCAGCUGGCUGUACAGCAUCCUCAUCUUUGCCCAUCUCAGCCCUGGAAGCAGAGAGGUUCUGGCCAGAGGGUGGGCUUGGCUGGUUUCUUCUUUUCCUUUCUUUCCUUUUUUUUUCUUUUUAUUUUUGAAGAACGCACAGCAGAAUCUCCCGUGCCUUCUCCAAGCACUGCCUGCAGCACCUCCUGCCACACCAGGACCCAGUACUUUUGCCAAGAAACAAGUGUUCCUUAAAUGACAACAAAGCAAACCAAGUGUCUUUGUUUUGUUUCCAGCCCAGCAUCUGCCUCCUCCCUUCCUUGGGGUGGGAGGGAUGAGGUGGCCCCGUUCCUUCUCCCAGGUCUCCUGCCUCGCUGCUGGGCUCCAUACACUGCCAAAACCAAGAAGAAAUUGCCACCACUGCCCAUCUCAAUUAUAAAUUGGGUGUCAAACCCCCUGCCCCUGCAGUCAAACCCAUCCCUGCCCUCCCCCUUCCUUCCCCAGCUGGGAAAAAAAAAGAAAAAAAAAAAUUCAGGCAGGCCCAGGGAGUGGUGGUGGGUUUUUUGGGUGUUCUCCAUAACGGGAAAGACAAAAAGGGGAAGAGGGUUGUGGGGUUUGGUUCUGUACUAAAGGUGACAUUGCUGAAAAGAUCACUUUUUCUAUUUUAAAUACUUGCAAAAAAAAAAAAAAAAAAGGAAUGGAAAUACAGUGUUCUUACAGGCUUACAUGAAUAUUUAUUAAUAUGUUCAGGGGACACACACUUUUUUUUUUUGCUUUUGAUAUUUUUUUAAUACCUCAGACCUGUUUUAAGCAUUAAAAAGAAAAAAAAAAAAGGACUUAAACCAAUGAAAACUUAACUAAAAGCCAACUUUGGAGGCUCUCAAAGCCACUCCCAGAAAUCUGUGACUGGCAGGUUGCCACAAGGGUCUUGGUCAUUCUUUAGUUGAUCUAUUUUUGUUGUUCUAGUUUCCAUAGUAGGAGGGGGAGAAAUAAUUAUAUAUAAAUAUUAUGCAAAAAAAAUUUAAAAAAAAAUAUAUAGUUUUCUUUAGAUCAGAAACUGAUAUUUUUACGUCAGCCAUAUGUAUUUUGUUUAAAGAAAAAAAAAUAAAAUAAAGAAAUGGGGAGUCCCACGUCUGCCACGACGUGUGGCUGUGUGAGGGCAGGUGACAGGGACAGGGAAUGAAGAUAAAAAAUUCAGUGUGUCAGCACUGGGAUGCCAAUCAGCUCCCUUUUCUCUGAGCAGCCAUCUUUCUACCAGUGUUAGUUGGAUGACACAAAUGGUGGGGUUGUUUUUUUAUAUAAAUUACAUGGGUCUGGCUGGUUAAGUCAAGUAGAAAUGUUUAUUGUGCAUACAUCUUUUCUGUAUUUUUUUUUUCUGUUUAGUUUCAGUGAUAUACUGGCAGCAGCUGACUAUUGGGUUAAGUUAUUUGAGGACUUUUUUACAAAAGGGGUGGGGGAGAUUGGUGCUCUGUGCUGAAAGGCAUGGUCGGCGGCCUGAACUUCUGGGGACUCUCUGCAACAUGCCUUGAAAAAAAACCACAAAAAAACACACA